AUGCCAGAGUUGAAGGGCCAUGUACCCAUUUAUUCUAGGGAUGGUUGGUUGUUUAUGGCAAAUAGGAAGAAAACAGAAUUCUUUCUAAACCCGUUUACCCGGGAGUGUAUUAACUUACCCAAUAAUUCACGAUUUUUCCCAAGCGAAUGCUUAGCUUUCUCAGCUGCUCCUACAUCAAGUAGUUGUCUGGUGGUCACCUUCACCCACCAAAUAACUUCCAAAAAUCGUUUUGUGAUCGCUACUUGGCGACCAGCUGGUGAAACCGUGUGGACCUUCCAUCGUUUUCGUAACAAAUCAUCCUGUGGUAAAUGGGACAAAUUUGUCUACUCGAAUGGUGUAUUUUAUGGUUUCAGUAAUUGCGGCUUCGUCGGUGUUUUCGACCCGUGUAACGCAACCUGGAAGGUUCUUCCAGUGAAACCUUGGGACUGUCCUGCCUUUUGUCAGAUAGAUUUCAGUAUGAAAAAUGUGUUGAUGAUGGAGCAUAGUGGAAACAUUUUUGCUAUGUCUAGACAGCUCAACAACAAGUCCCCGGUGUUUAAACUAAACCUUGAACGCAUGUUAUGGGAAGAGAACCGUGAAGUUUGUGGCUUGUCAGUAUUCGCAAGUUACCCUGAAUCUGAGAGGAACAGAACAUAUCCGUCGGCUAAUGUGCAACUUAGCCAGUACUGCUCCCUUGUUAAUGAGAAAAGCUCUCGUCCACCUACAAGUACAUAUUUGUCUAAACGUGUUGCUUGGGUGGCUCCACCUGAUCACAACAACAACGUUAAUUUGUGA